AUGCCAGUCGGCGGCAGUGCCACUCGCGUUACCAGCAAUGAUGAUAUUAUAGACAUCCCUGCGCAGGAUCCAACCUCAGAGAUUCAGUGUCCUAGUGCUGGCAGCCCACCUAACAAACACGGCCGCCUUUGUUUCGCGCCCUCUGAGCAGGCCUACAACCAUGGAUCGGACCGUGUGAGACCCCUUCGCACCAUGCCGUUCGACUCGGAAACCUGGAUCGGCAACUUUGAAGACCUCGGCAGCCGUGUAUGGCCACAUCCCAGCUUCAAGGAGUUGCUCGCACGCUCUCUCACUGGCGACUCGAAGUUCCCACUCCCUGAUACAAUAGCUAAGGAGAACCGAUCUCUAAGCUUGCGUCUGCGGUGCUGUGGCACUAGCUGUUGCCCAACCACGCAGAGCCCGUUUGUAGAGUACGAGAGACCUUCUCGUCUUGAAACGCUUGCAUUUGAGCGCACGCAAAACGUGAGAAAAUCUGCUGUACCAAACUUAAACUUAUGA